AUGAAGGUGUGCCCUGUGAAUCAUUACGUAUUGAAUGGAUACUGUAUCCAGUGUGGACACUGUAAAGGUGACAGCUCAUGUAACAGAACAACAGGAAGAUGUGAUGAUGGAUGUCAGGAGAAUUGGAGUGGUACCAGAUGUGAUGAAAUCAUUGUUGACAUUGUAGAGAUGACAGGUCAUGCAGUAGAACAACUCAACGAUGUUCUAAUGGGUAUGAUAUUCAGUAGAUUGGGGUUACUUGUAAACGAAUGUAACAACCAUUUCAUUGACCGUAUCCAAACGGUGGAAAUUUGUAGGCCAGGAUUGUAUGGAGGUGAUUGUAACCAGCGAUGUGGAAAAUGUAAAUCAAGAACUAUCUGUAAAGAUGAUACUGGCUACUGUCCACAAGGAUGUCAAGACAAUUGGAGUGGUCCUAGAUGUGAUGAGUGUAUACCUUACAAGUAUGGACCUAACUGUGCCUUUGAUUGUGGGCAUUGUAAAGAUGGACGUCCUUGUUCAACAGGGAAUGGAAUUUGUCGUAAUGGUUGUGAAGAAGGAUGGGGAGAUGUCUUAUCGUCCAAAUUGGAUAGUCAAGAUUUCACAAACAGUGACAAAAGUCCCGUCACUGGAUUAUACGUAGCUAUCGGAGUCUUAUCAACACUUUUCACCAUAACCGUUAUAGUUCUAGUAUAUAAAUUUCGAAAACAUAGACAGCAACCCUCUCAACGACAUGACAAUAACCCGCCACAAAACUUUGUUAAUCAUAUAGAAAUGAAGGAAACACACGAUUACGAUAAACUUGGCGUCAGGGACACGGAUGAGUACCAAGAACUGCCACCCAUUGUUGCUGACCAACCUCCACAGGAGAGACAUGCCUACGGAGAUGACUGUAACCAGCAAUGUGGUAAAUGUAAAUCAGGAACUGUUUGUAAAAAUGAUACUGGAUACUGUCAAGACGGAUGUCAGGAGAACUGGAAUGGCACCAGAUGUAUUGAAUGUGUUCUAAAUACUUAUGAAUUCAAUGGAGAAUGCGUUCCUUGUGGGCACUGUAAAGGUAACAUUCCAUGUGAUAAAACAACUGGACGAUUCCAGAACGGCUGUAGUGAUCAGAGGAUCGGGGACAUAUGCAAGCUUUGCAAGCCAGGAUUAUAUGGUGAAGACUGUAGUCACCGAUGCGGAAAAUGUAAAUCAGGAACUAUUUGUCACAAUAUAAAUGGAGUAUGUCCACAAGGAUGUCAGGAGAACUGGGAUGGUCCUAAAUGUGGCGUGUGCAGUCCUUACAAGUAUGGACCUAACUGUGCCUUUGAUUGCGGACAUUGUAAAGAUGGAGUUCCUUGUUCAACAGGGAACGGAAGCUGUCUAACUGGUUGUGAAGAGGGAUGGGGAGAUAUAUCUUGCUUGACAGCAUCAUCCAGAUCGGAUAGACAGGGGCCCAUCACCACCGGUCAGAAACACAAAAGUCUCACCACGGGACUGUACGUAACUAUCGGAGUUUUAUCAACACUUCUCACUAUAACCAUGGUCGUGGUCAUCGUUUUGGUACAUAUAGUCCGCAAACAGAGUCAGCUACCCUCCCAGCAGCAUGGUAACAAUCCACCACAAAGCUUUGUUUAUCAUAUAGAAAUGGAGGAAACACAUGAUUACGAUAAACUAGGAGUCAGAGAUACGGAUGAUUACCAGGAACUACCAACCGUUGUUGCAGACCAACUUCCACAUGACAGACAUGCGUCAGACUCAAACUAUAUUAACUCAACGUUGCAAUAACAAGAAUAUUGCAGAGUUACCAAAUAUGGAGUCUGAAACUUGCUAUUGAACUUUGAACCCUACAUGCAUUAUUUCUGUCAAAUGAUCACAAUAGAACUUUAAGUUAAAACAAUGUGAGAACCACUUUAAUUUAUGACAACAUACUAUUGGUUUGAGGUGACUGAUAUCUAAUGUGUGAUGUUUUAAGGGAUCGUUGUGCGAUGUUUUAAGGGAUCGUUGUGUGAUCUUUUAAGGAAUCGUUGUGUGAUCUUUUAAGGGAUCAUUGUGUGAUGUUUUAAGGGAUCGUUGUGUGAUGUUUUAAGGGAUCAUUGUGUGAUGUUUUAAGGGAUAGUUGUGUGAUCUUUUAAGGGAUCGUUGCUCGUUCUACAAUUAAUUACGAGAUUUGCAUUCGUUUUUUUUAUCUCUUUUGUAACAAAAAUAAAAUUGCAUAUCCGUGAA